CCCCGCGUACGGUGAGGUGAGUCCUGGUCGGGAAACACUCCGGAGACUUCACAUUUACUGACUGAAAACUAACGCGGAUCGAAGCAGACAGCAGCUACCGACUGUGUGCUUUGUGGCCGAUCCACACGAGGAUAUUGAACCCAUCGAUUAGCGCUCUAAGAGGCUUCAUGUGCACACGUUACGCAAUGAACGUGACUUCUCGCUGAUCCAACAAGCUAGCCUAGCCAGCUAGCUCCGUGGGCUGAGUCAAACAUUUGUCGGGUCUCUCCGCCGGGUCUAACCCCCCCCACAGCUCGGAUACUGCCUCUGCGUUUACUUUUAGUUUUAUUUUAGCAGUGUAUCGUGGGUGAAAUGGCUCUGGUGGCGGCGUUAAGAAGAUUAGCUCACGUUAAGUUACGAGAUUAUUCUCCGAGGAUGGCGGCGGUCACUUCCAGUGGCUGGUUGAAGGGUCAGAGGAGCUUCACCACCCGCACACCGUGUCUGAGGUCAGACAAUAAGGUGACGAUCAACUUCAUCAACAGAGAUGGGGAGAAGAUCACAGUGAAGGGGUCGCCUGGAGACUCACUGCUAGAUGUAGUCAUUAACGAGGACCUAGACUUCGAUGGCUUUGGAGCGUGCGAGGGAACCCUGGCGUGCUCCACGUGCCAUCUGAUCUUUGACGAGGACGUGUACAAGAAUCUGGGGCCAGUCACAGAUGAGGAGAUGGACAUGUUAGAUUUAGCCUACGGCUUGACUGACACAUCUCGUCUUGGUUGCCAGAUCUGUCUGACGAAGUCUAUGGAGGGCAUGGUUGCUAGGGUUCCAGAGAGCGUAGCGGACAUCCGACAAAGCAAAGACGGAUCGUCUUAACCGGGAACCAGUGGGUGCAGACAGUGUGGUUGUGCCCGGUCAGAACUGAAGGCACAACAUGUGCCUGCGAUGGUAGGUGUAACUCUGUCAGCACUGCUGUCUGCACGGCCGUUUCCUCCUUUGUUAAAAAACAAACGACUUCCAAGUAACAGACAACCAGAGCCUGCUGUCAAUACCAGGACGUAAGAAUACAGGACUUUGACUCUCAAAUGAAGACAAAAUCAUUUUAUUUUCAAAGUAAAACUCCACUAGGCAAGAUUUUUUUGAGUAAAACUGUAACAGGACAGUUAUGACUCCUCACAUUAAGCUCUCUAAUGAGAUAUAAACUGACCGUUAAUCUGCCAUCAGGAUAUUGGCUCAGACUCUAAGCUAGUUUGUGGCUGUGAUUUCCAUUAUCUAACAAAGUAUCUUUAGCUUUUCUUGUAACUGACUGAAUUUACACUGAUGCUUGUAUAAAGAGCAGAUUUGUGCCUGUGCAGGAUACAUUUUUAUUUUAACUCACGGGCUGCAAAUCUGGUCCGAAUACAACAUCGGACUUUUUCCUCCUGUGUGAGUCCAGUCAUAUUCACUGAACACAGCUGAUAGCAGCCUGUCACUGAAAUGUAACAGUUCUCAACGCCUCUGACGUUGUGCUGAUGCUAACCCCCCCCCAUUCCCCAAACAUAUAUUUUAUUCUACAUAUAUGUAUAACUCUACUAUUGUUAGUUUGAUCGAAUCCUUUAUGUAACCAUAAUUCCAUCAUGUGAUUGUACAUAGCUAGAGCACACACAUAUCUGUGUAUCGAGGGAUAAAGAAUGUAAUAAAAAGAAAUCACCUUUCUAA